UCUCCUCGGCGACACCCGCGAGGCCGCGUUCCUCUGGUCGCGGAUUCGUACCGGGUGACUCGAGGCGGGACAGUCGCUGCCGUCAAAUCGAGAAGGAGGCUGAUCCACGAUCGUGCAAAUGUCUCGCGGGCGUAGGAAAAAACUGCACGUACUCGGCGCGAUCGAGUGAGAAAAAUCGGGAAGCUUAAAUUCUUUCUUUUCUUUUUUUUCUUUCAUCUUUUGAAACGAGAUCCUCGCGGAUACGGAUUUGGGAAGUGAGGCCCGCUAGCGGACCUUGGUCAUGAACUACGAGUUUUGAGGAGAAACCCAACUGCGACUUCGCGAAAGUACCAGACUCGUUCACGCACACCAUGGCGGAAAAGAAUGCGGAGACGGUCGACCCGGAAAAGACAUCUCUGGUUGACUCGUCGAUGCGACCUAAGAUUCAGCCGGCCGCUUUGGAAGAUGGAAGAACUCCAUUGACGCCGAAUGGAUCCCAACAUGAUCCAGAAGCUGGGAAGACCGAGAGAGGCAGUGCGCUCAGACAAGUGUUGGCUGCCUUCGUGGCUCAACUCGGCACCAUUAACACCGGAAUGGUCUUCGGAUUCUCGGCCAUUGCCAUUCCGCAGCUCAAGGAGCCUGACAGCAUGAUAACCAUUAAUACGGAGUCCGAAGAGUCAUGGAUCGCCAGCAUGUCAGCCAUCGGCACACCAAUUGGCUGCCUGACUUCGGGGUACAUGAUGGACAUCCUAGGCAGGAAAAGAUCCUUGAUAAUAACCGAGAUUCCAGCACUGCUAGGUUGGAUCCUGAUCAGCACCGCUACGGACAUUCGAAUGAUCUACGCAGGAAGAUUCUUCGUAGGCCUGGGCUCGGGUAUGGUAGGAGCACCGGCAAGAGUUUACACCAGCGAAGUGACUCAACCUCAUCUCCGAGGAAUGCUGACAGCUGUAGCUAGUGUCGGAGUGAGCACUGGAGUGCUCAUCGAAUACGCUCUGGGUAGCAUGCUCCGGUGGAACAUCUGUGCUGGAAUAAGUGCCAUUCUACCCCUGAUGGCUCUCCUUCUGAUGUUCAUCUUUCCGGAGACACCCUCUUACUUGAUAUCCAGGAAUAACCCCCAAGAGGCUCGCAAGGCCCUCCAGAAAUUCCGAGGCAGCACGUAUAACCUAGACAAGGAGAUGAAGGCUCUGGUUGAUUUCUCGAACAAGAACAACCUGAAGAGGCUCACGGGUCUCCGGGAAAUAGUUCGAGCUCUUCUACAGCCGAACGCUCUAAAGCCUUUCACAUUAUUGUUCCUUUACUUUUUGAUUUACCAGUGGUCCGGAACGAACACCAUAACCUUCUAUGCAGUGGACAUCUUCAAAGACUCUGGAGCCUCGUUGGAUAAAUAUCUGGCUGCGGUCAUCCUAGGAGUCAUCAGACUACUGUCGACCAUCUUUGCCUGCAUUUUGUGUAGAAAAUGUGGAAGGAGGCCCUUGACAAUGAUCUCUUCGGUGGGUUGCGGACUAUCCAUGAUUGGAUUAGGUGGAUACAUGUGGCUGAAGGACUACUGGGUUGACAUCGGUGUGACUCCUACGUGGACUUGGGUGCCUGUGUUCUGUAUAUUUUCGUAUACCAUUACGUGUACUCUAGGAUUCCUGGUGAUACCUUGGGUCAUGAUCGGAGAGGUCUAUCCGGUUCAGGUUAGGGGCACCAUCGGAGGACUGACCACCAUGGCUGCGCAUUCCUUUGUAUUCAUGGUUGUCAAGACCUAUCCACUGCUCUCCGAUCUUAUGACCAGACAUGGAACUUUCAUCAUGUAUGGGUGCAUAUCUCUCUUUGGGACAAUAUACUUUUAUAUUUGUCUGCCAGAGACUAAAGGAAAAACGCUGCAAGAGAUAGAGGAUUACUUCUCGGGCAGGAGUAAUACCUUGAAGACUGGCAGGAUCGGACAUAAGCCAAAAAUCUUGGAAAUUAAGAAAGGACAUGUUUUACCGUGACGAUUGAAGGAAACUCUGGGUAUCCAAUUGUGCUAGUUCAUUGGAACAUGAUCCAAAGAUCUCCGAUGAGGAUAAAAAGAGGACAUUGAAUCGAAGCAUGACUCUUCGAGCACAAGAGAGUUAUUGACAAAGAAGCUGUUUCACUUCACCUCGUGGUAUUAAGAAGGCUGUAUUGAAUAAUUUGGAACUGCAUGACUUUGAACGCCGUUCAAUUAGCUAGAAUCUUUGACAAAGAGACAAUUAUUUGAUACCACAGACAAGGUCUUGGACUAUGGUGCUUCGUGCAAAGUAUGCUUUGCUGAACAGAAUUGACAGGUGCUAUUAUUGUAUUAUAGUAUUAUAAACUCGACGGAGAAUUAUUUAUAAAUGAAAUAUAUAAAUAACACAGGAUUACGUCGAUAUUAAGUUGUUCCGAAGGCAAAUGGAAUCAGUGCGUACCUACUGCAUUCCUAAUUCGCAUUGCAUAAGAGGUACACUUACUUAGAAUGUUAUUGCGGCGGAACCAAUGUACAUAGUAGAUAAUAAGAGCUGAACGCGCAAGUGACUUAUUUUUGUAAAGAGAGAAAGAAAAGAAAACUCGAUUAAAUCAUUUGUAAAAGA